ACACAACCAAAUGAAAAUAUAAGCUGCUCGAAAUUGGGUCAUUUCAUAGUUGGCCAAUAUUCCCAUUCACCGACUAUAUAAGCCCGGGUUUCAAAUACCAACUGCAUCAGUUGUUUCACUCAAACGAAUUCAACAUGAAGCUGUUUAUCAUCGCCGCUGUCUUGGCCGUUGCUGCCGCUGCACCAUCCAGCUACAAAUCUCCCAGCUACCCAGCCCCAAGCUACCCUGCACCAAAGUACCCUACUCCUAGCUACCCCGCACCAGCCUACCCCGCACCAGCCUACUCCGCACCAGCCUACAAGGAUAACAAAUAUGCCGACAUCACCGUCACCAGCCAAUCUGAUGAACGCAACCUUGAUGGCAGCAGCCAAUGGAGCUACGCCCAAUCUGACUACACCACUCGUGAAGAGUCCCAGGCCCAAAAGAAGAUGCAAGGAGUCGCCUACGAUUCUUACGGCAAGGCUACCUACGAGGACGUUAUGGGAAACACCAACAAGGGAUCAUCUUACUGGGUUUCUCCUGAAGGCGAGAAAUUCACUUUGACCUGGACCGCUGAUGAUGCUGGAUUCCAGCCCAAAGGUGACCACUUGCCCGUCGCUCCCGUCCAUGAAUACGAGCUCCCAGUUGCUCCCGUUCACGAAUACGAGCUACCCGUUGCCCCCGUCCACAUCCCUUUCAACGGCAAAGGCUACAAGAUCUACUAAAUUAUUGAAAACCUGUCUGAAAUUUAAUUUAAAUCCGUGUAUUUUAUGCCUUGAUGCUUUUUGUGUUGUUGGUAUAAAUACGAGGAAAUAUAAAACGGAGUCUAUCUAA